AUGGGGGCGGGGUCAAGCAAGCGCAAACUGCGCAAGAGUUACGCCGACUGGCUCAUUGACUUCUCCGUUCUCUCCAUACUGCAGAUCUUUGUGGGGAAGAUCCCGAGGGACUUGUUUGAAGAUGAGCUCGUGUCUCUGUUUGAGAAGGCAGGGCCGAUCUGGGACCUGCGUCUGAUGAUGGAUCCUCUGAGUGGCCUGAACAGGGGCUAUGCCUUCCUCACGUUCUGCACUAAAGAGGCUGCACAGGAGGCCGUCAAGCUAUGUAACAAUCAUGAAAUUCGCUCGGGCAAACAUAUUGGCGUGUGUAUAUCAGUGGCAAACAACAGACUCUUUGUGGGCUCCAUUCCCAAGAGCAAGACAAAAGAACAGAUUGUUGAAGAGUUUUCCAAAGUCACAGAGGGUCUUACUGAUGUAAUCCUUUACCAUCAGCCGGAUGAUAAGAGAAAGAACAGGGGCUUCUGUUUUCUGGAGUACGAGGAGAAAAAAACGUUUACUGUGAACAGAGCCGCUCUGAGACACACGUAUGUGACCUACACGCAUCGAUCUUGGAGCGGCUUGGCAUUUCGUAUGAAUAUAAACAUCCCUGUGCUCUUCUCUCCCAGGUAUGAUGAUUACUACUACUAUGGGCCUCCCCAGAUGCCGCCUCCUGCCAGGGGCCGGGGCAGGGGUGCCAGUCGGGGUGGUUACUCCUACCCGCCAGACUAUUAUGGCUAUGAAGAUUACUACGAUUAUUAUGGUUAUGAUUACCAUAACUACAGGGGUGGCUACGACGACCCAUACUUCGGCUACGAUGACUUCCAGGCGCCCGCUCGAGGCAGAGGGGGGCGAGGCGGCGCGUCUCCGGUGCGCGGCAGAGGGGCCAGCUCUCCACGGGGCCGGGCGGGCUUCCUGCAGCGCGGCGGCGGGCCAGGGGCCAGCAGGGGCCCACGCGGAGGAGCCAGAGGCGGGGUUCUGCCGAGAGGGCGCGGGGUACGUGGUGCUCGGGGUGGACGCGGUGGAAAUGUAGGAGGCAAGCGCAAAGCCGAUGGCUACAACCAGCCAGAUUCCAAGCGGCGCCAGACCAUUAAUCAGAACUGGGGCUCGCAACCCAUUGCACAGCAACCCUUGCAAGGUGGCGAUCAUUCUGGUAACUAUGGUUACAAAUCUGACAACCAGGAGUUUUAUCAGGAUUCUUUUGGGCAACAGUGGAAGUAGAGAAUGUAGGGCUCUAUUGUCUUCUUU